AUGGCUCGCACAGACAAGAUAGGGAUGGACGACCUGCCACAGGAACUCAUCGACCAGAUCGUUAGAGAAGCCUUCAUCACGACGACCAACAAGAACGACACCCGCACAAUGCUCCGGCUACGCAAGCUCAACCGAUCGUUUUACCACAGCGCAACGCCCCUUCUAUUCCAGAGCAUAUCCAUCCACAUCAACCGGGUGUGCGGAUUGUUUGAAACCGACUGGCGUCCCUUCGGAACACUCCAAAACAACGCACAUUUCGUGCAAGACGUCACAAUCACCGGUUUCACCAGGUCCGAUACCGGUAAGCUUGAUAUUGAGAUGGCCGACAUUUUCCAUAUCAGAUCCGCACUCGAAGGAAUACCCCAUUUUCUAAAACGACUCCCCAACUUAAGUGGGCUGCACUUUGAUCUACAGCCCGACUGCAACGGAAUUAUUACCAGCGAAGUGCGUGCAGCCCUUGCAGAGGCGGUCCAGAGUACCCUCGCGGUCUACUUCCCCGUCAACAUGCAGAGACUUCACCUGAAUCCCCUGGAUGUCUUGGUCCCGGUAUCCGAGGCCGAGGCAGAAGCGCAAAUGCUAGCUUCGCAGCCUGUGCUGAGGUAUGCUUUGGAAGCUGGGGGGGAGAUUGAAUCGAGGUACAGGAACCUGGUGUCACAGUCUUAUCUCAGGCGUGCGAUUCCUUCUUUACAGGAGCUCACUCUCGCAUCCGGGCUGUGGCGCAAGGGGUCCAAGCCUGAACGGGGCAUCUACCAUGCGCUGGCGGAUGCGGACAGCCUUCAGCGGCUGAAGGUAUCCCGACUCGUCAACGACGAGGGUCCCUCGCUAUCAUUGCUUCCUCGAUGCGCGCCCCUGCGCCAUCUCGUUCUUGAGCGGAGUUCCUUCCCUGAAAAUGAGCUCGUGGCGGUCCUUGAGAACUUUGCAUGCAGGCUCGAGACGCUGGUCGUGGACAAUGUCCGUGUUGCGGAUGGGUGCUGGGAGAGCGUUCUCGAGACCACGUUUGGAAAGUGCUGCCGCUUGAGGGAGUUCCAGAUUGCCGAGUCGCUUCUGUGUGCUGUUGAAGAUCAGUUCUUUGGUUGUGGGGGUCGGCACCUUCGUGGGUGUGGUGGUGCUGCCUGUUACCAUGAGCUUGAGCUGAUGCGGGCAUUUAGGGAUGCCAGGGUGUUGGCGCGGAAGGGUUAA